UACCGAUAAGGGUUUUGUAUUUAUUUGUGCAUAAAACAGUCUAAACGAGUCCGAUUAACAAAUAAUACCCAAUCUAUUUAAUAAUAAUUAAUUUGGCGUGAUUGACGUUAUGUCAGGUUAGCAGGAUUGCCAAUCAGAUAAGGGGGACCCCCUUUCACGACACCCAAUUUAGGGAAAUUGGUAUUGUCACGUUGGCGACACUUAAUGAAUUUUUCAAAUAAAUAACCCGCAAACAAUAUUGUCUCUAUUCGUUUAAAUAAUGGCAACGAGUUCAAAUAGCCAAAUGGAGGCCUCCCUCAACUUGUGCACCAACUCCACGGCUCAGGAGCUCCUGAAGUGUUUUUUUUGCGACAAAUUCCUCUCAGUACCCCCCAUUUACAACCACGAGUUUGAGUCGAUUUGUGGACGUUGCAAAUUCGUCAACAAAUCGGAGGACUCCAAGUGGACGCGCCAAACCCUCUACGAAGACGUCGCCAGGUUUAUGAUUUUUCCUUGCUCCAAUUCCACAUACGGCUGUAAAGCCCAGCUGAAAUGGGGCGACGUGGAGGAGCACGAAAACACCUGUCUCUACAAGAAGUUGAACUGUCCCUUCGCCUGUAACGACAUCUUCCACGUGGAGAAGUGCCGCUGGAUGGGCUCCGGCCCCGGUCUGAACGAACACCUGGAGUUCUGCCACGGCGACGUCAUUAAAAAACUCCCCGAAAUCAAUUUCAGCGAAAGCCGCGCCAAUGGAAUUUUCCUAACUAGGAUCCUCAAACAACUAAUGAUCGUGGUGGUGAAAUACGACCCUCCGGACACCUUCUCCUGCAUGGUGAUGGUCAACGGCACCAGCACCGACUGCGAGGCCUACCGUUACCAACUGGAGCUCUUCGAUGAAAACAAACGCAACUCUUUGAUUUUGCGCCGAAGUCGCUUGGAAGACGCCGUCGGUUUCGAGGAGAAUCUAACCAACCCGGAGAAAAUGCUCGUGGUGGAGCUCCAGGUGGUGAAAUCCCUCCUGAAGAAGCCGGCAACCAUCAUGGGCCGGUUCGGUAUAAUUAAAAAAUCGAAACGCGAGCUCAACUUCGGGGACAAGCCCCAGGAGUGCCCCUUCGAUGAGAACUUCCUAAGAGAGUUGGAGUGUCCCGUGUGUAAGAACUACAUGGUGCCCCCGAUCCAGAUUUGCAGCACGGGGCAUAGUUUCUGCUCCAGGUGUCGCGACCAGAUGGAGGAGUGCCCCACGUGUCGGCACCCCUUCCAAGAGGGGCGGAACUACACGUUGGAGAAGCUCACCACGUGUAUUAAUUAUCCUUGUAUGUUUCGGGAUGCCGGGUGCACGGUUGCGUGUCCUAGUGAAAAGUUGAGGGAGCAUGAGUUGGAUUGUAGUUUUUCGGGGAUUCAGUGCUUCCUGGAGUGCAAUACGGGUCCAGUGAUGAACUUGUUCAAGCAUUUGAAUGAGAAACACCGAGAUCGGUUGAUUGUUGCCGGAGAGGUGCAUAUUUUGGACCUGGGGGAGGGGGAGGUCAUGAAGACGUUUGCCAUUUGCUUCGGGAAUGAUAUGUUCCGAUUGGCGGUGUUUUACGAUGGGGAUAUUAAAUUCUCGUUGCAACAGUUUGGGGUUAAACAAAGUUGUUACACUUAUGAGUUGGAGAUUAUUUGUACGACGGAUUGUUCCGAGAAGAUUAUCUUGACGAAGGAGUGUCCACCCAUGAGUACGACCUUCUGGUCCAAGAGCAUUACGGUCCCGGAUGAUUUGAUACAAAGGUUCAUCUCGGAGGAGGAUUUGGUCUUUUUUAAAAUCAAUUUGAGGAAAAUGGUUUAGUUAUUCUUCAGUGCCAAUUAUUUAUCUGUGUUACUAUUGUAUGGAACGGCUCAUUUUUGUUUAAUAAAUUUGUAUUCUUUUGCAA